AUGAUGGAGAACAAAAGCUACUGUAAUCUGACAGACAAGUUACCCACCUUUAGUGACUCUCCCCAUAUGCAGCUAACUCGGUCUUUCUACCUGGACCCUGUUGUCACUUUCCAUCUAUAUCCAGAAGCACCUGCUCCAUCCCCUUACUCUGAAGACCUGUCAGUGCAUCCUUUUACAACUGACCAACUGAUUGUGGAAAACUUUGGAGAUCCUUGUUCUUUCCCUUUUCAAAUGCCAUAUCCCUCUUAUGGAAGAUGUGAAUACUCCUAUGGUCCAGCAUUCAUCAGAAAAAGAAAUGAAAGGGAAAGACAACGAGUCAAGUGUGUCAACGAAGGCUACGCCCAGCUUCGUCAUCAUCUGCCUGAGGAAUACCUAGAAAAGCGACUUAGUAAAGUCGAAACUCUCCGAGCUGCCAUCAAAUACAUUAAUUACCUGCAGUCUCUUCUUUACAGAGAUGAAGUUGAAGGCAAGAAUAUGCCAGGGAAAGGUCAGGCCAUUGUGGCUACUACCAGUCAUCAAAUGGACCCCAUUUUUAAAAUUGUCUAA